AUGAGCAAGAAGAAAGAAGAAAAGGAACACACAAAUUUGUUGCCGGAUUUUGAUGACAUGGAUGAUCAAGAUGAGGAUGAUGUAACAAUAAUUGAUGUUAAGAGUAAAAGAGUGGCAAGUGGAACUAGUAGCAAUAAUAUUCAAUCAAAAAAGCAAAAGCAGAAAGGUCCUAUUGAUUUGUACUUCACCCCUCCUCCGGAAGUAGUUGUGCAAAAUAGAAAAAAUGACAAGGGUAAGCAAACAACAAUUGAUAAUGCUUACAAGAAAGAACUUAAAAACCGAGUAUGUCAACGGUUUGCAAGAUGGAUGUAUGAUGCUGGGAUAUCAUUCAAUGCCCUUAAUUAUGAUAGUUUUGCACCAGUUGUUGAAGCUAUUAGCCAACAUGGUCCAGGAAUGAAACCUCCUUCUUAUCAUGAGGUGAGAGUUCCCCUCCUCAAGAAAGAACUGGAGCAUACAGACAAUUUAAUGCGGGAUCAUAGAGAGGAAUGGGCAAGAUACAGAUGCACAAUUAUGGCAGAUGGAUGGAAGGAUAAAAGACACAGGUGUUUGAUUAAUUUUCUGGUGAAUUAUCCUAAAGGGACAAUGUUCAUUCAAUCUGUUGAUGCUUCCUCUUAUUCAAAGACCGGUGAAAAAAUAUUUGACAUGCUUAACAAGUUCGUGCAGCAAAUUGGAGCAUCAAAUGUGAUUCAAGUAGUCACUGAUAGUGCCUCUUCUAAUGUUGUGGCAGGGAGAAUGUUGGAGGGAAGGCACCGACAUUUGUAUUGGUCACCUUGUGCUGCACAUUGUGUGGACCUGAUGUUGGAGGACAUUGCUAAGAUCCCAAAGAUAAUGAUGACCAUAAAGAGAGCUAUAAUGUUAAAUGGUUAUAUUUAUAACCGUUCGGGUUUGUUGAACAUGAUGAGGCGUUAUACUGGACAUAAAGAGUUGCUUAGACCUGCAACGGCUCGAUUUGCCACUUCAUUUAUCACAUUAUCAAGCAUCCAUCAUCAAAAGGAUUGCUUGAGGAAGAUGUUCACUUUACAAGAAUGGAUCUCCAGUAAAUGGGCGAAAGAGAUAGAAGGGAAAAAUGUAGCACAGAUUGUGUUGAUGCCUACAUUUUGGACAAGCAUUGUGUACUCUCUCAAAGUAGCAAGUCCUCUUGUUCGUGUACUUAAGUUGGUUGAUGCUGUGAGAAGGCCUCCAAUGGGAUAUAUUUAUGAGGCUAUGGAAAGGGCUAAAGAAGCGAUAGCUAAAGCUUUUGGUGAGAAUGAGGAGAAGUAUAAGGACAUCUUUAAGAUCAUUGAUACUAGAUGGAAUAUCCAACUCCAUCGCCCUUUGCAUGCAGUUGGGCAUUUCUUGAACCCAAAAUAUUGUUAUAACAAUCCAAAUAUUGAGCAAGAUGAAGAGGUGAUGGGUGGUGGUUUAUAUCAAUGCAUAGAAAGAUUAAUUCCAACUACUUUGGAGUUGAGUAGAUAUAUGAAAGCUGAUGGUCUAUUUGGCUCAUCAAUUGCUAUUAGACAAAGAAAGUCAAGAGCACCAGCCGAUUGGUGGUCCGUAUAUGGUUCUACAACUCCUAAUUUGCAAAAGUUUGCCAUUAAAGUGCUUAGCCUCACAUGUAGCGCAUCUGGGUGUGAACGAAAUUGGAGUGUAUUUGAACAUCUUCAUAACAAGAAGAGGAACCGGCUAACUCAAUGUCGAUUGAAUGAUUUGGUUUUCAUCAAGUAUAAUAGAGCACUAAAACGACGAUAUGACAUGCGUGAUAGGAUCGAUCCCAUCCUUUUAAAUGAUAUAGAUGAUAGCAAUGAGUGGUUGGUUGGAGUAAUAAAUGAAGAUGUAGAUGCUGAAAAUGAGUUGGUGUUUGAAGAUGGCUCUUUGACAUGGGGUGCAGUUGCUAGAGCUACCGGGGUUGGAGAGUCCAGCCAUAAUUUAAGAUCAAGAUCAGCUCCAAGGGCAACAAAGAGGACAACAUCUUCAUGCUCGUCUUCACUACAAAUCAUAGAUGAUGACGAGGCAAACUUUGAGGAGACAGAAGAGGAAGAAGAUGCUGAGGGUUACAAAUCUUUUGAUGGAGGCGAUAAUGAGACUAUGUUGUUUGGUGAAGAGGAUGAUAUUUACGUCCCUUAA